AUGCGCCGGGCAACGAGAUGGGCUGAGAAGAUCUCGAGGUCUGACGUCGCAGGUGAAGCAUGGGCAGCCAAGUUCCACGCUUUCAUGCAACAAGACGCCAGCUUUUGGGACAUCACCUUCUGCUUGCUCUGCCGUUAUGAUGCUUUGUGCGGUCCUGGUCACAAGGAAGGAGGAGGCUUCCAUGCAGCUAUUCCUUCAGUGGCCUUUGAUGCUCUUGAGAAGAUGGAUGAUGUCAAUGAUGUCAAUGAUGUACCUGUUAGAGUUGAAUGUUUUGCCUCUCCUCAGCUGUGUCAUGCUGAAAAAUGGCAUUUUUGCUCUGCCUUUAGUGAUGUGGAUAUUUUCUUUGGAUCUCUCGGGCCCUUUCUGGAUGAAGAGAUGGACAUUGGGAGAUUUGGCGGCAUCUAUGAGGUCAAUCCACCUUUUGUCCGUGGAGUAGUGCUGCAGCUUGCCCAGAAGCUCCUGAGGGCACUAGAACUGGCAGAAUCAGAAGAUCGAACCCUUGGCAUUUUUCUGGUGCUUCCAGGUCUUGCUCGUCAUAAAAGUCAUAAACUCAUUUCAGAUAUUUCCGAUAUUUCCGGGGCAACCGAAAAGCUGGAAGCUGAACUGGACGCUUUGGAUCGGCUGCUAAGAUGCCGUUUCAGAAGGGCCUUAGAUGCCUCAAGCAGGCGAGCGUACACAAAUGGCCUUGCUUUCAAGACUGAACGAUCUUGGCCGCUUUUUGCUGUCCCAACAACAUUGGCCCUGCUGAGCUCACAGCCAAGUGAACACGAAGUUGCUGACUUUGAGCGCUUGUGUGCAAGUUGGGGGCACUCUGAUCAGGACAUCACCGAUGACACCAUGAAAGAUGUGAAAAGAGAGUGUGAAGAGGUGGCUGACGCAAUGGCCUCAUACAUGCUGUCGAUGCUUUCGGGCCAACGUCGACCGAUCAGGGCUGCGCAGCUGCAGGCUACUACAUGUGAUUUGGAGGAAACGCAACUGACUACGGAUCAGAGUACGGCAAAAGCGGCUUCGCCAAAUCCCAAAAUUCAUGCAGAUGACUUUGCUGUUGGUGACAACUGCGAUGACGACUCUGAUGAUGGGGUGACGCCUGACCGUCAGCGCUGGUAUGCAAUCCAGCGCAUUCUACUAAUAGAUAACAAUCCUGAAGAGGUCGCUGAAUUGAGUUUCUCGGUGGCUGGUGUCCUGCUCGAUCUAGACGUUCUGCGACCUUACGGUGCAAAGAGGCACAUUACAAUUUCGAGAGCUGUUGCAGAGCACCUCACAGGAGGGAUUCUGCCCGGAAACGCGCGGGUGCUACAGAGUGGCAGACUUGCUCCAAACAAUUCCGCCUGUUACAAACUGACCCUUCCAUUCGAUGAAAAUGCUCGGCAAGGUGCAGGGCGCUGGCUCGCCUGUGGCAAGUCCUUUUUCAACUUCGUUCUCAAACAGUGGCAGCCCGCGACAGGAUUGGUGUCCUACCUGCCCAGGCGGCACUUGCUGUACUGUGCCUUCGCACCUGCCGAAGAUGCACUUUUUGUGAAGCUGGGGUAUCGUGCCCUUGGCGACAACAAGCCGGAGUCAGUGGUCAGGUAUGUUGAGCAGAAAACCAGGAAGUUGCGUCUUACCAAUGUUCUGGGUGCUGGACUAUUUCUGAUGCCUUUGCCAGACAGCCAUGGCUGUUUUGAUGCCCCGGAGAAAGCCGCAGAAGAGUCACUGAAGUCUGCCAUUGGUUCCAGCCCACAUCUACGAGCAAACCCAAGUGGUAGCAAUGGCGAAUUUGUGGCCUUCAGCGGUCUCUUGGAGUACUACUUCGUGAAAGCCAAAGGGAAAACAACGGCUUUACAAGCACUGGGAAAUACACUUCGAGAUUUCACGGGAAAUCGGAAUCUGAAGCCAUUUCGUUCUGUGAUGACUCCUGGACAAGUCAGAGCUGGCCGCACAAAAUUGGUGGAAUGGUCUGACUGGUACACUUUUCAACCCAACACGAAAGCAUCGCCACCGCGGCUUCCAUUGCCACGAGCAUCGGCCCUGUUGAGCUGCCAGAAACUUGGAGCCUUCUCUCGGCGAGUCUCUCGGCGAGUCUCUCGUGGUGUCCGUAAACUCUCAAAACCACGCCCAGGAGCGAUCUACAAAAAGCGACGCAAAGCGUGGUCUUGCCCACUGUGAACAUUUGUGAGCUGUGUUGUGAUAUGUAUUGCGAACUCAUAAUGAGACAAUUUGAGAUAAUCGUGGUGCUUCAACGGUGCCACCAUUUUGCCACCGUCAUGACCCUGACCUAUAGUUUUGCGAUGGCCCAAAGUUGGACUUCCUUCGUCCAUGGCCAUUCAAUUUCUUUUAAUCCAAUGCACUCUGUAGGUUUAAUUAGGUUUAUGUGCAUUUCUUUGGCUUCUAGGGUUAACCCCCUGUGUCCAGAGAGGAAUUCGCAGCUGGCUUGAAUGACCAUCGGCAGCUCAGACUCCCCCAUGGCGUCAGGCCACUGCGAGCCAAUGCUGAGCUGUU